UUGGCUUACACCGCGCCGCCGCUGCUAUCAGGGUUGUGAGUCCCGUCGGCGUGUGCGAGAAGGAGCGUUUUCUUACACUGUUAAGUUGGAAAAUGGCGAGCUGGUGUGUACGUGCAGUGAGACAGAGCUACUCACUUGUAGCUUCGCCUGCCUUGUUAAGAGCUUCUCCGCGACUGCUGUGCACGGCCACAAAGCAGAAGAAUGGCCAGGGGUCUGAGGAGGAGGCUGUGGAGAAGCCAGAGCAGAGCGCAGGAGAGAAAGUCCUGAUGGAGGAGAAGACGCAGCUGGAGGAGCAGCUUAAGGACAUGACGGAAAGGUACAAGCGUGCAUUAGCUGACACAGAGAACCUCAGGAUGCGGAGCCAGAAGAUGAUUGAAGAUGCUAAACUAUACGGGAUCCAGGGUUUCUGUAAGGACCUGCUGGAGGUGGCUGACAUCUUGGAGAAGGCCACAGAGAGCGUGCCCAAGGAGGAGGUGACGAGCCAGAACCCUCAUCUAAAGAACCUGUAUGAUGGUCUGGUGAUGACAGAGGUCCAGAUCCAGAAGGUGUUCACAAAGCAUGGCCUGGUCAAAAUCCUCCCUGAUGGCCAGAAGUUCAACCCCUAUGAGCACGAGGCCCUCUUCCACGCCCCUGUGGAGGGCAAGGAGCCUGGCACUGUUGCCGUGGUGACGAAAGUAGGGUACAAGCUUCAUGGUCGCACCCUGAGGCCGGCAUUGGUGGGUGUGGCUAAAGCCCCAUAGAAAAGCUGAUGUAGCAGUGGGACUCAUUUUGUUGCCUGGGCCAUACAUGGCCUCAGGUACAACAGACUGGUUGAGGCUCUCUGAGACACCUUGUCCUCACACCAACACUCUUCCUGCUGUGCCUCGCAGAAUCAGGAACUGAUCUUUGUAUCCAACAUCCAACUCUUUACCAGAUACACAACACUUUGUGUGGCACAGGGACAGUGUUAUCAAUAAACUCACAAGCUUAGCUCUUGACAGAGAUUGUUUAAAUAAGGCACAUAAAUCCUAAAUAGAAGCUGUGUGAAACAGAAAAAUAUGCAUCUAUAACUUAAAGAAAGGAAAAGAGGAUUUUGGGUGGGGAUUUGGUGUAAAGUCCAUCUACAAACUGAGCAGUGCUGAUUCUGGGCUGCUGGCAUCAUUCCAGACUUUAGUUUUAAGCCCAAAUAAUUUAAAUGUUUAAAUUUGUUUUUUUAGGUUGAAAUUUACUGUGAGUGAAAUACAAAAACUGUAUUUUCAACAUCCGAAGGAACAAUUUUGCUUUGUAUUGGAUGUGCUGAAUGUUAUCAAGCUCCUGUAGGUCAGUCACAGUCUACCACUGUUUUGUUCAGUGAUGUAAUUAUUUGCAUUAUCUGCAAGUCAUUAGCAUAAUUAAUGUGUCCAAAUGCCAUCAGAAUAAAAUGAUUAGAUUUAAAA